AUGGAGGCAACUUGGUUCUCUCGCCGCCUGAACACGCUUCCGGCGAGGCGGUUUUUGGCGACCCCACCUCGUACCACCGGCGACAAGAAAACGACGGGGAGGAUUAUUAUUGCGGCGGCGAGAAGGGGAGAUAAUCAUCAAGAUCACCGCAACAAGAUGGUGGACGAGAACAUGAUAGUGCUGAGACUGAGGAUUAAGGAGAUGAAGGCGUUGGAGGGCGACGACGGCGACCGGACGGCGGAGAUGCAUUGGAUGGGAUGGGAAAAGGAGUACGUGAAACAUUACAACGAGGAUAUUUGUGAAUUCAUAGGUUUGUUGCAGAGGUUUUUGAUGGAGAAUAGGCCGGCGUUGGGUUUGGGGUUGAUGGCGGUGGUUCUUGGCAGUGUGUCGUUGUCAACUUUUGUUGUAAUCAUGCAUGCCAUGGAGAUGGCCAAGGGAUUACUGUCUCACCUUAAUUAA